CAACAACAACAACAUUUUCCUGCUUUCGGAUUUCGACGUUUCACAGUCGUUUUUUCUUUCAAAAUAAAAACGAUGGAGUUAUUGGUAUCAUUUAAUGGUCGCCUUAGAACUAUUUAUAUCGAAGACCAAGUUAGUCUUGAUGCAGUAUCGAUUAAAUCUUUUGUAUGCAAAUGCGAAGGGAUCAAACAAGAUGAUGUGUUUAUCACCUGUAAUGGACAUCUUGUUGGCGAUGACAGCGACAUCUUACAUGGCCCUAUUUAUCACAUUGUCCCAAGAAUGCUUGGAGGGAAAGGUGGAUUUGGUUCUAUGCUUCGUGCCAUUGGUGCUCAGAUUGAAAAAACAACCAGCAGAGAAGCUUGUCGUGAUCUCAGUGGUAGGAGGAUGAGAGAUGUAAAUAACGAGAAAAAAUUGAAGGACUGGAUGGGAAAGCAAGGUGAGCGUGCAGAGGAAAAAGAACGUUGUCGCCAGGAGAGGCUAGAAAGGAGGAAGCAGACCCCAACACACAAGUUCCAUGAUCCAAAAUAUGACCAACAAAAAUCUGCUGUUUCUGAAAAUCUAGAGGAUGCAUUGAUGCAAGGAUUAAAUAAAGCAGGCAGCAGCAAUGGGAACGCAUCAGCCACAGCUACUCUCACAUCAGAAGAAAACAGAAAGAGAAAGUUACCUGAUGACUCCCCAGUUGAUAAGAAAAAGGCUGCUGAAUGGCUUGGAAUGGACAUCGACAACAUCAGUGACUUAGAGAGCGAUUCAGAAGAUGAUUCAUCCAAUUGCAGUGUCAAGUCCACUUGUGGUACGAGCUCAGGACAUCCGUCGAUUGGUAAUGAUUCCCCUUGUCCAGUUUAUGAUGAAUCAGAAUCAAAAAGUGACAUUUCGUCUGGGAGUAGAGACAAGCCAAAAGCAGAGACAGAGAUAAAAUCAGGCGUUGAGGAAGAUCCCAAGAACAGUUUACGCGAGGCAUUUCACCCUCCAAAAGCUGACCAGGGACCAGUGAAAGACAACCACGGACAAGUAAGCGAAGACAACAUGGAAGAAAAGUCAAUUGACUUGGAGGACUUUAACUCGUGUACAGAACUUGAAGCUCUUGGACUGGAUCAUUUAAAGUUGGCUCUGGCAGAAAGGGGCCUCAAGUGUGGUGGAACAUUGGAAGAACGAACGAAGCGAUUGUUCUCAGUCAAAGGACUUACGAAGGAGCAGAUUGAUCCAGCCUUGUUUGCUAAGCCUGCUAAAGGCAAGAACUCGAAAGGCAAAAAAUAACCUGGAAUGGUUUGAACUGAACUGUAAAUUUCUACAAUCUGCUUAUUGACAAAUACACUUCAGGUACAGAACUACUGGAAGACAAAGCUGAAAUAGAAGCCACUCAGUCACAUGUAACGAGUGAAACGUGCCUUUUUGUAAUGGGCCAAGCUUUUAUUAGGACAACU